GGCGUUAAAUCAAGGGUUUGUCUUUACAAAUAUUGUGCAUUUAAGACUAAAUUUUAGACUAUCAAAAAAUCAUGAAUACAAAAGUUUUUAGAGUUUGUUAAAUGGAAACUUAUACGAUUCAUGUUCCUCCACUGCGACCAAUAGUUACUUUUCAGGUUUGGUUACACAAAGCAGAAGUUCAAGCUCAAUCAUAUGAUAUUGAUGCGUACAACCUAGAUGAGAUUGAAGAUCUCUACAGACAUCAUCAAAGAUUUAUUAGUGAUGUCAGAUACCAUGAAACAGAUCUUCAAAGAGUAAACCAUCUUGGGGAAUCUUUUUUAGCUGAAUCAAAAGCUUUUCAAAAAGAACUGGAAAAUUAUCUUGCUGCUAGUAUUCCAGAAACAUUAUCUAAGUAUUCUGCAGCAAAUAGUCAAAUUUGGGUUCUUGAACAAAAGCUUCAUGAAAUAAAUGAUAGAUAUUGGCGAUUGUUAAGAGAACUAUCUUUCAAAGAAAAUUUAAUAGUUGAUGCAAUUAACAAGCACGAAGAUUUUACUUUAAAACUUCAAUCUUUUAUGCCAUGGCUUCUUGAAGCUGAACAUUUUCUUUCUCAAGAAGUUCAGAAAUCUGUUUUUUCUGAUGAGCAAAAUAUUUAUUUAAAAAUAAAAAUAUUAGAGAAGUUUCAGAGUGAUGUGCAUUUUCAUCAUGAUGAAUUAGUAAGCAUACAAAUAUCAUCUGAUAUUUUGUCUGGAACUGAAAAGUAUAAUUUAAAUAGAGUGAAGAAUGAUGAAUCACAAAGGACAUGGCAAUAUGCAACUGAAUCAGUAGUAAACAGGUAUGAAGAACUGUGCAUAAAGUGUAAAAUGUAUUUAAUUGAAUUACAAUCAUCUUACAUGAAAGUUACUGAAGUCAUGACAAGUGUUGAUAAUAUUUGGAGAUGGGCUGAAGAGACAGAUGAAUCUCUCGAUAUUAUGUUUACAAAUGAAAUUCAUUAUUUAAUACAGCUAAUUUAUGAAAUUAAAAUUAUCUUAUUGACAAUAACUGUACAAAGUGCUGGAUUAAAUGUGUUGAAAAGUCGAAUUUGUACAGAUCGAGAUGCAUUUUAUGAAAGAUUUGUUCAGACUGAAGAAAUGCUUUUUAAGUUGCAAAAUAAAGCUAAUGAAAAAAAGAUAGCAUGCAUAGCAUCAUUUUCUGAAUAUGUUGAAAAUUUUAAAAGUUGGAUGGAGGGUUUACACUCAAAACUGUUGUCUAAUAAUUUGAUUACAUUUGAUAUCAUAGCAAGCGAGGAAAAGCUUAUAAAAAUCAAUGAAGAUUUAGAGAUGCAUAGACAAGCUUAUCAAUUUAUAAACCGAUGUGCUCGCGAAUUGAUAUCUCUUAAAGAAGAUCCACAAACAUCUUUUUUUAUUUCUGUUAUUAAUAGUGUAAAUUCAAAGUGGCAAGAUAUUUUUGUUUUAUAUAUAAACCAUCAAAAAAGGUAUGAUGAAGUUGUAAAGUUUUCAGAGAAGUUCUAUGCCACAAUAACACCAUUUGUUCAAUGGCUUGAAAAAAUGGAGACUAUAUUGUCAACCUUAUUACCAGUUGCUAUUAAGUCUCAAGAUAUUCAAAUACAACUUUCUGAAUUAAAAGCAUUAACAAAUGAUGCUUACAAUCACAAAGGAACUUUGGAAAUUCUUAUUAAUAUUGGAGAUUCGCUUGUAAAAGAAGUUAAACAACAACAAGAAGAUAAAGAUCAUAAGCAAACACCUAUUCAAAUAGAAAUGGAGACUUGUAGAAAGCGAUUUGAUCAAAUAAUUGAUAUUCUAACUAAUAGAUCUUUAAUACUUAAUUCAACCCUUGGCCAAGCUGAAAUUUAUCAAGAAUCUUAUAAUAAAGUAAUUGUUUGGUUGGGGAUUCAGGAUGAUAGGGAAAAGCAAUGGCAUAUUAUAAGUGGAAAGCUAGAAAUUGUUUGGAAUCAAUAUUUGGAACAUCUAAAUUAUCAAAAAGAUUUGCGAAAUGGUUUUUCAAUUAUUAAGCAAACAUUGUUUUAUGGAUCUGAACUAACUCAAGGUAAAGAAUCACUCCCUGGAGUAGCAUUUGUAAAGAUGCAAUGUAAUGAGCUUACUGAACGAUGGAACAAACUUUGUUCAGAAUCAGAUGUUAGACAUAACAAUCUUGAGCAUAAGUUAGAAACAUAUCUCAAGGAAGAAGUUCAAAAUGUUAUACUUUGGAUGAAAAAAAAAGAAAAAGAAAUCAAUAAAAUGGAAGAAAAAAAUAAUCCUGAAAAACUAGAUAUAUACAUCAAUGAGUUAAUUGUUGAAAUAAAACAAUAUGAAUAUCUCUUUUUUGUUAUACAUCAAAUAUCAACAAAAUUAAUGGAGACUUCAAAAACUGAAAAGGUUAUGAUAUACAAAGAUUUGACUCAACUUGAGGAAUACUGGCUUCGCUUAUGUCAAUUAUAUCAGGUUUCUCCACUGUUUCAAAACAGAAUAAAUCUACAACAUCCCUGGCAAAUCAAGCUUGAUGCAAGAGAUAAUGUAAAAGCAUCCAAACAAGCUCAAAGUUUAGAGGCAGAGACAAAAAAUACAUCAAGUAGAAAGCCUCUUUUUUUAUCACUAAAUAAAGAUUAUCAUGGUUAUCGUAUAAAUAGAGCAGUUCAUGCUUUUAAUGAACAUGAAGACUCUGUUUCCAGUAAAGUCUUUUUACAAACUCCUCAUAGGUAUAAUUUUAGUUCUGCUCCCACUACUCCUACUUCGCCAAAAGUUUUUGAAGAUUCUUGCUUUUUGGAUAGACAAAAUCUUUUUCCCCAAAGAUCUUCUUCACCAAACAGUUUAUUGUUAAAGUAUGACAAUAAAAAUCCUCAUAAAGCCCAAACAAGAACAUUAACUUCAUUACAGUUUGAAGGUAGAUCCAGCCCUACAAUUCCAUUUAUGACUUUUAACAACCCGUUAUUGUAUGAAAAUGAUACAAAUCUUUUUGAUGUUUCUGUUAAAAGAAAUAACUUGUUUUCCAACGCACAAAGUUCCAUAAGAAAUGACAAUAAUGAAAUUCUAUUAAACCAAAUGGAACUAAUUAAAGAGACAGAACCAAGUAAAAAAAAAAUUGCAAAAGAUCUACACAGGUAUAAUUUCAGUUCACUUCCCACUUCACCAAAAAAUUUUAAUGAUUCCUUUUCUGAUAAAGAAAACUUUAUUAGAUCUUUUACCCCAAAUAGCUCAUUUUUAAAAAAUGACAAAGAGUUAACUACCCAUAAAGCACAAAAAAACACAUUAACUCCAUUACAGUCCAAAGGAAGAUCCAGUCCUACAAUUCCAGUAAAGUCUUUUACUAACCCAUUAUAUUAUAAGCAUGACCAAAAUUUUUUAUACCAAGAAAAGGAUAAUGCUACUGUUAAAAGAAAUAAUUUUUUUUUAAACUCCUCACAGAGUUCAAUUAAAAAUGAUUAUAAUGAAACUCAAUCAAAUCAAGAAGAAUUAUAUAAAGAAUUUCAAGAUAAAACAUUUGAAAAAGAUCCAAACAGUAAUAUUUUUUUACAUGCACUACCCCAGUAUAGUUUCAACUCUGCUCCAACAUCACCUAUGGCUUUUAAAGACUCUUACUUUUUUGAUAAACAAAACUAUGUUAGAUCUUUUUCGACAAAUACUUCAUUGUUAAGAGGCGAUAAUGACAGUCUUUAUAAACCACGAGUAAGUAACACAUUAACUUCAUUUGAAGGAAGUUCCAGUCCCAUCAUUCCAGUUAAGUCUUUUAACAGGCCAUUAUUGUAUGAGGAUGAUCGAAUUAAAUCUUAUUCAGAAAAAAAUUCUAAUUUACAACUUCCAGAGGUUUCAUCAGAGGAUAUUGUUAUUACAGAUAAGUAUGGCAGACGUGUGAGACAAAAAGUUUUUAAAAAAGUUACACGCACUCAUCAAAGAAUUGUAAGAAAAAAAUAUAUUGAUGAAAAUGGAAAAGAAUGUAUUGAAGAAAUUUUUGUUCCAAAUGAUUACGAGAUCAAUAAUGACAACAUUAAUCUGGAAGAAGGUUCUGUUAUUAUCCACAGCCCAAAUGAAACUGAUACAACUACAAAUGAAGAACUUGUUAGAGAUAAAGAUGGAAAUAUUAUCAAGAGAAUUGUGAAAAAAGUUACUCAUGUGACAAAACGUUCUCAAAUUAUAAAAAGAGCAGCUUCAGAAGGUGAUCAAAAAAUUGAUGCAGAUAAUUUUGGUACUUUUACUCUGCUUAAAUCUCCAAAUUUAAAAUCGUAUAGUCUUCCAAAAACAAAUGAAAUAAUGGCUGAUGGUUUUCAAUCAAAUGAAGACCUAAAUGGUGAGUAUAAAACAUAUAGUUUGCCAAACAAAAAUGUUUCUACUAAUGAAGAAAAAUUGUUAGACCAGCAUAAUAUUGAUAGUUAUCAUUUUACAUUAGAUAACAAAACAGAACCAAAACAAACUAAAAAAUAUAUAACAAAGUUAAGAAGACCAAUAUUUUAUAAACAAAACGAAAAUAAAAAAGUUACAGUUCAUUUUCAUGGAAUAGUGAAUAAUGAAUGUACAAAACAAGAGAAAACAAUUAUGCAUAUAAAUUUAUCUAAACCAGAAAAAUUUGUUGUAACUAGUAUUACAAAUUCAUUGUUUAAAAAUGAUUCAGGAACAUUACAAAAUUUAUCACAUUCACAAUAUUAUGAUAUUAGGGAAAAUAAUAAAACUUUUGAAAAUAUUAGUUCUCAUAACUUUGUAAAGAAUAAAUCUGAAAGUUCUAAUUUACCUACUACUGACACACCUGAUGAUACAGUUGGUGGUUCUUUAAAUGUAAAUAUACCUCGUCGACAAGUUCAUCGAUACUAUGUCAAAAAGGUUGACUUGAUGUCAAAUGAGUUAUUAGAUAAAAUAAAGGAAAUACCUCCCCCAAAAAAAGAUAUAGAGAUAGUACAACAAUCAGAUAAUGUGUUGGAACUAAGAAGAGUAAUAAGAAAAUCUAUUGUACAAAAAACAAGAAGAAAGGUUCACAGAAUGAUUGUACCAAAUACAAAACAAAUAAAUCCUGAUAUAAAUGAAAGCAUUACAUAUAAAAAAAGAAAUGCCGAUACAAAUGAAAAUAUUGUAUUUGAAAAGAAAAUUAACAAUUUAGAAUGUGAUAAUAUUAUUAAAGAAGGGUUUGAAGUUGCACCUGAAGAAUUUGAAUUAAAGCCAGAUAUUUCUGAGUCUGCAAUUAUUUCAAACAAUAAAAUGCAGGAUGUUCAGAUUAAUGAUAGUAAUUCAUUCUUGGGUUUAGAACCUGUUAUUUCUGGUGACUUAAAACAAAUUAUUUUGAGGAGAGUAAUAAGACGACCUGUAAUAAAGCCAACAGCUAGAAAAAUAAUUAGAAAAAUUGAAGUUAACUCUAAAGAGUCCAUUAUUGACACAUCAAGUGAUAAAGCAGAAUUCUUAAAAGAAGAAACAGUUUGCUUUAUUAUUAAAGAUAAUAAAGUGCAUAUUUUUAAUGAACAAAAUACUAGAAAAAACAUUAUAAAUUUGAAUAAAUCUGAAUUAGUAACAGAAGUCAACAAAUUAUUUCAAUUAUCAAAGUUAAAUGAAAUAAGCACAUAUUCAGAAGCUAAAAAGACAAAAGAAUUAAAUAUUAGUUUCAAAGAAAAGCCAAUAAAAUCAAAAACACUUUCAAUAUUUACAACCAAAAAUCUUGAAUAUAAUAUUAAAUUUGUAGAUGAAACUUUGCCUGAAUCGUUGAAUAUUAAAAACAAUGUAUAUAUCAAUUCAAAUCAAAUAAUUUUAAGGAGGGUGAUAAGAAAGCCUAUUUUAGCAAAAACAACAAGAAAAGUAAUCAGAAAAUCAUUCCUAGAAACAAACAACACACAAAAAAUGUCUUUUACAACUAAAACCAAUGUUAUUGUUUCUAAUAAUAAAGUGUUUGACAUUCAAGAAAAAAAACCAAGUGAACAAUUAUUGUGUAAAUUAAAAAAAGACCAUCAAGAUUAUGUUGACUCAGAACCUUCACAUAAGUCUCAUAUUAAUUACAAUAUUUUAAAAACAAAACAAAAAACAUAUCAGAAAUUAUAUAAAAUAAUGCUUAUAUCUAACAUUAAUAAACCAACAAUGAAUGAUACCAUUCCAGUAGGCCCAAAAAAACAUGACGAGGAUAUAAUUAAAACUACAAAUAUUUCGAUCCAAGAACACAUUCCUGAUUUAAUUUCUGAGGUUGAUGAUUUAUCUGAAGAUGAAAUUGAUGUGAGACAAAUUUACAGAAAGGUUUCUCGUCAUUUAAUAGAAGCUGAUGAUACUCAUAUAUUAGGUCACGAUGUUGCUGAAACUAGCUCCCCAUUAAUUUCUAAUUUGAAAGAAGAUCCUUUAGAUAAAAUUAUUGAAUCCAUACCUGCGUAUGAAUCUAAUAUUGGUCAUACUGUUUUAAGAACUGUACAUCGAAAACCGCUUAAUGUACCUUCUCUUCGAUCAGUAUAUAGAAAGGUAAUUGUGUCUGAAGUUGAAGAAGAUAAAAUCAAUGUUGACAUUCCAGUUCACUCAGUAAUAAAUGAAGAGGUUUUGAUUGAAACUACAAACAUAUCUGUUCAAGAACACAUACCUGAUUUAAUUUUUGAGCUUGCUAAUUUAUCUGAAGACGAAAUCAAUAUAAGACAAGUUUACAGAAAGUGCUCUUACCAUUUAGAAGAACCUCUUGAUACUGACGUAUCUGAUAAUGGUAUUGUUAAACCAAAUUUACCAUUAGUUGUUGACAUAAAGGAUGAUCGUUUUGAUAAAAGUGUUGAUUCUAUACCGUCACCUGAGUCUGACAUUGAUUACCUUGUUUUAAGAACAGUACAACGCAAACCAAUCAAUGUCCCAACAUUGAGGCAAGUUUAUCGUAAGGAUUUUGUAUCUGUUAUUGAAGAAACUACAAUGAAUGUUGUCAUUCCUGAACACACAGUCAUAAAUGAUGAGGAUGUAAUUGAAACUACAAAUAUUUCGAUCCAAGAACACAUUCCUGAUUUAAUUUCUGAGGUUGAUGAUUUAUCUGAAGAUGAAAUUGAUAUGAGACAAAUUUACAGAAAGGUUUCUCUUCAUUUAAUAGAAGCUGAUGAUACUCUUAUAUUAGGUCACGAUGUUGCUGAAACUAGCUCCCCAUUAAUUUCUAAUUUAAAAGAAGAUCCUUUAGAUAAAAUUAUUGAAUCCAUACCUGCGUAUGAAUCUAAUAUUGGUCAUACUGUUUUAAGAACUGUACAUCGAAAACCGCUUAAUGUUCCUUCUCUUCGAUCAGUAUAUAGAAAGGUGAUUGUGUCUGAAAUUGAAGAAGAUAAAAUCAAUGUUGACAUUCCAGUUCACUCAGUAAUAAAUGAAGAGGUUUUGAUUGAAACUACAAACAUAUCUGUUCAAGAACACAUACCUGAUUUAAUUUCUGAGCUUGCUGAUUUAUCUGAAAACGAAAUCAAUGUAAGACGAGUUUACAGAAAGUGCUCUUACCAUUUAGAAGAUCCUCUUGAUACUGACGUAUCUGAUAAUGGUGUUGUUAAACCAAAUUUACCAUUAGUUGUUGACAUAAAGGAUGAUCGUUUUGAUGAAAGUGUUGAUUCUAUACCAUCACCUGAGUCUGACAUUGAUUACGUUGUUUUAAGAACAGUACAACGCAAACCAAUCAAUGUCCCAACAUUGAGACAAGUUUAUCGUAAGGAUUUUGUAUCUGUUAUUGAAGAAACUACAAUGAAUAUUGUCAUUCCUGAACACACAGUCAUAAAUGAUGAGGAUGUAAUUGAAACUACAAAUAUUUCGAUCCAAGAACACAUUCCUGAUUUAAUUUCUGAGGUUGAUGAUUUAUCUGAAGAUGAAAUUGAUGUAAGACAAAUUUACAGAAAGGUUUCUCGUCAUUUAAUAGAGGCUGAUGAUACUCAUGUAUUAGGUCACGAUGCUGCUGAAACUAGCUCCCCAUUAAUUUCUUAUUUAAAAGAAGAUCCUUUAGAUAAAAUUAUUGAAUUGGAAGAAGAUGUUGAAUUGUCAUGCCGUCGUGUUGUUCGGGUUUUAACGAAGGUUUCUAUUGUUUCACCUUUGGUUAUUCCUUAUGAUUUUGGAAGACAAGUUAUUAUUAACAGAACUAUUGUAUUACCUAAUGAAAUUAAUUUAAGCUCUCAGUUUUCUAACAAUUUAAAAGAUAAUAAUAAUCUUGAAGUUUUGGAUUCUAUUUCUAGCAAUAUGUCAGUAAUUUUGACAUUAAGAACAGUACAACGGAAACCAAUCAAUGUCCCAACAUUAAGACAAGUUUAUCGUAAGGAUUUUGUAUCUGUUAUUGAAGAAACUACAAUGAAUGUUGUCAUUCCUGAACACACAGUCAUCAAUGAUGAGGAUGUAAUUGAAACUACAAAUAUUUCGAUCCAAGAACACAUUCCUGAUUUAAUUUCUGAGCUUGCUGAUUUAUCUGAAGACGAAAUCAAUGUAAGACAAGUUUACAGAAAGUGCUCUUACCAUUUAGAAGAUCCUCUUGAUACUGACGUAUCUGAUAAUGGUGUUGUUAAACCAAAUUUACCAUUAGUUGUUGACAUAAAGGAUGAUCGUUUUGAUGAAAGUGUUGAUUCUAUACCGUCACCUGAGUCUGACAUUGAUUACAUUGUUUUAAGAACAGUACAACGCAAACCAAUCAAUGUCCCAACAUUGAGACAAGUUUAUCGUAAGGAUUUUGUAUCUCUUAUUGAAGAAACUACAAUGAAUGUUGUCAUUCCUGAACACACAGUCAUAAAUAAUGAGGAUGUAAUUGAAACUACAAAUAUUUCAAUCCAAGAACACAUUCCUGAUUUAAUUUCUGAGGUUGAUGAUUUAUCUGAAGAUGAAAUUGAUGUGAGACAAAUUUACAGAAAGGUUUCUCGUCAUUUAAUAGAAGCUGAUGAUACUCAUAUAUUAGGUCACGAUGUUGCUGAAACUAGCUCCCCAUUAAUUUCUAAUUUGAAAGAAGAUCCUUUAGAUAAAAUUAUUGAAUCCAUACCUGCGUAUGAAUCUAAUAUUGGUCAUACUGUUUUAAGAACUGUACAUCGAAAACCGCUUAAUGUACCUUCUCUUCGAUCAGUAUAUAGAAAGGUAAUUGUGUCUGAAGUUGAAGAAGAUAAAAUCAAUGUUGACAUUCCAGUUCACUCAGUAAUAAAUGAAGAGGUUUUGAUUGAAACUACAAACAUAUCUGUUCAAGAACACAUACCUGAUUUAAUUUUUGAGCUUGCUAAUUUAUCUGAAGACGAAAUCAAUAUAAGACAAGUUUACAGAAAGUGCUCUUACCAUUUAGAAGAACCUCUUGAUACUGACGUAUCUGAUAAUGGUAUUGUUAAACCAAAUUUACCAUUAGUUGUUGACAUAAAGGAUGAUCGUUUUGAUAAAAGUGUUGAUUCUAUACCGUCACCUGAGUCUGACAUUGAUUACGUUGUUUUAAGAACAGUACAACGCAAACUAAUCAAUGUCCCAACAUUGAGACAAGUUUAUCGUAAGGAUUUUGUAUCUGUUAUUGAAGAAACUACAAUGAAUGUUGUCAUUCCUGAACACACAGUCAUAAAUAAUGAGGAUGUAAUUGAAACUACAAAUAUUUCGAUCCAAGAUCACAUUCCUGAUUUAAUUUCUGAGGUUGAUGAUUUAUCUGAAGAUGAAAUUGAUGUGAGACAAAUUUACAGAAAGGUUUCUCGUCAUUUAAUAGAAGCUGAUGAUACUCAUAUAUUAGGUCACGAUGUUGCUGAAACUAGCUCCCCAUUAAUUUCUAAUUUGAAAGAAGAUCCUUUAGAUAAAAUUAUUGAAUCCAUACCUGCGUAUGAAUCUAAUAUUGUUCAUACUGUUUUAAGAACUGUACAUCGAAAACCGCUUAAUGUUCCUUCUCUUCGAUCAGUAUAUAGAAAGGUGAUUGUGUCUGAAAUUGAAGAAGAUAAAAUCAAUGUUGACAUUCCAGUUCACUCAGUAAUAAAUGAAGAGGUUUUGAUUGAAACUACAAACAUAUCUGUUCAAGAACACAUACCUGAUUUAAUUUCUGAGCUUGCUGAUUUAUCUGAAGACGAAAUCAAUGUAAGACAAGUUUACAGAAAGUGCUCUUACCAUUUAGAAGAUCCUCUUGAUACUGACGUAUCUGAUAAUGGUGUUGUUAAACCAAAUUUACCAUUAGUUGUUGACAUAAAGGAUGAUCGUUUUGAUGAAAGUGUUGAUUCUAUACCGUCACCUGAGUCUGACAUUGAUUACAUUGUUUUAAGAACAGUACAACGCAAACCAAUCAAUGUCCCAACAUUGAGACAAGUUUAUCGUAAGGAUUUUGUAUCUCUUAUUGAAGAAACUACAAUGAAUGUUGUCAUUCCUGAACACACAGUCAUAAAUAAUGAGGAUGUAAUUGAAACUACAAAUAUUUCAAUCCAAGAACACAUUCCUGAUUUAAUUUCUGAGGUUGAUGAUUUAUCUGAAGAUGAAAUUGAUGUGAGACAAAUUUACAGAAAGGUUUCUCGUCAUUUAAUAGAAGCUGAUGAUACUCAUAUAUUAGGUCACGAUGUUGCUGAAACUAGCUCCCCAUUAAUUUCUAAUUUGAAAGAAGAUCCUUUAGAUAAAAUUAUUGAAUCCAUACCUGCGUAUGAAUCUAAUAUUGUUCAUACUGUUUUAAGAACUGUACAUCGAAAACCGCUUAAUGUUCCUUCUCUUCGAUCAGUAUAUAGAAAGGUGAUUGUGUCUGAAAUUGAAGAAGAUAAAAUCAAUGUUGACAUUCCAGUUCACUCAGUAAUAAAUGAAGAGGUUUUGAUUGAAACUACAAACAUAUCUGUUCAAGAACACAUACCUGAUUUAAUUUCUGAGCUUGCUGAUUUAUCUGAAGACGAAAUCAAUGUAAGACAAGUUUACAGAAAGUGCUCUUACCAUUUAGAAGAUCCUCUUGAUACUGACGUAUCUGAUAAUGGUGUUGUUAAACCAAAUUUACCAUUAGUUGUUGACAUAAAGGAUGAUCGUUUUGAGGAAAGUGUUGAUUCUAUACCGUCACCUGAGUCUGACAUUGAUUACAUUGUUUUAAGAACAGUACAACGCAAACCAAUCAAUGUCCCAACAUUGAGACAAGUUUAUCGUAAGGAUUUUGUAUCUCUUAUUGAAGAAACUACAAUGAAUGUUGUCAUUCCUGAACACACAGUCAUAAAUAAUGAGGAUGUAAUUGAAACUACAAAUAUUUCAAUCCAAGAACACAUUCCUGAUUUAAUUUCUGAGGUUGAUGAUUUAUCUGAAGAUGAAAUUGAUGUGAGACAAAUUUACAGAAAGGUUUCUCGUCAUUUAAUAGAAGCUGAUGAUACUCAUAUAUUAGGUCACGAUGUUGCUGAAACUAGCUCCCCAUUAAUUUCUAAUUUGAAAGAAGAUCCUUUAGAUAAAAUUAUUGAAUCCAUACCUGCGUAUGAAUCUAAUAUUGUUCAUACUGUUUUAAGAACUGUACAUCGAAAACCGCUUAAUGUUCCUUCUCUUCGAUCAGUAUAUAGAAAGGUGAUUGUGUCUGAAAUUGAAGAAGAUAAAAUCAAUGUUGACAUUCCAGUUCACUCAGUAAUAAAUGAAGAGGUUUUGAUUGAAACUACAAACAUAUCUGUUCAAGAACACAUACCUGAUUUAAUUUCUGAGCUUGCUGAUUUAUCUGAAGACGAAAUCAAUGUAAGACAAGUUUACAGAAAGUGCUCUUACCAUUUAGAAGAUCCUCUUGAUACUGACGUAUCUGAUAAUGGUGUUGUUAAACCAAAUUUACCAUUAGUUGUUGACAUAAAGGAUGAUCGUUUUGAUGAAAGUGUUGAUUCUAUACCGUCACCUGAGUCUGACUUUGAUUACGUUGUUUUAAGAACAGUACAACGCAAACCAAUCAAUGUCCCAACAUUGAGACAAGUUUAUCGUAAGGAUUUUGUAUCUGUUAUUGAAGAAACUACAAUGAAUGUUGUCAUUCCUGAACACACAGUCAUAAAUAAUGAGGAUGUAAUUAAAACUACAAAUAUUUCGAUCCAAGAUCACAUUCCUGAUUUAAUUUCUGAGGUUGAUGAUUUAUCUGAAGAUAAAAUUGAUGUGAGACAAAUUUACAGAAAGGUUUCUCGUCAUUUAAUAGAAGCUGAUGAUACUCAUAUAUUAGGUCACGAUGUUGCUGAAACUAGCUCCCCAUUAAUUUCUAAUUUGAAAGAAGAUCCUUUAGAUAAAAUUAUUGAAUCCAUACCUGCGUAUGAAUCUAAUAUUGUUCAUACUGUUUUAAGAACUGUACAUCGAAAACCGCUUAAUGUUCCUUCUCUUCGAUCAGUAUAUAGAAAGGUGAUUGUGUCUGAAAUUGAAGAAGAUAAAAUCAAUGUUGACAUUCCAGUUCACUCAGUAAUAAAUGAAGAGGUUUUGAUUGAAACUACAAACAUAUCUGUUCAAGAACACAUACCUGAUUUAAUUUCUGAGCUUGCUGAUUUAUCUGAAGACGAAAUCAAUGUAAGACAAGUUUACAGAAAAUGCUCUUACCAUUUAGAAGAUCCUCUUGAUACUGACGUAUCUGAUAAUGGUGUUGUUAAACCAAAUUUACCAUUAGUUGUUGACAUAAAGGAUGAUCGUUUUGAUGAAAGUGUUGAUUCUAUACCGUCACCUGAGUCUGACAUUGAUUACAUUGUUUUAAGAAUAGUACAACGCAAACCAAUCAAUGUCCCAACAUUGAGACAAGUUUAUUGUAAGGAUUUUGUAUCUCUUAUUGAAGAAACUACAAUGAAUGUUGUCAUUCCUGAACACACAGUCAUAAAUAAUGAGGAUGUAAUUGAAACUACAAAUAUUUCAAUCCAAGAACACAUUCCUGAUUUAAUUUCUGAGGUUGAUGAUUUAUCUGAAGAUGAAAUUGAUGUGAGACAAAUUUACAGAAAGGUUUCUCGUCAUUUAUUAGAAGCUGAUGAUACUCAUAUAUUAAGUCACGAUGUUGCUGAAACUAGCUCCCUAUUAAUUUCUAAUUUGAAAGAAGAUCCUUUAGAUAAAAUUAUUGAAUCCAUACCUGCGUAUGAAUCUAAUAUUGUUCAUACUGUUUUAAGAACUGUACAUCGAAAACCGCUUAAUGUUCCUUCUCUUCGAUCAGUAUAUAGAAAGGUGAUUGUGUCUGAAAUUGAAGAAGAUAAAAUCAAUGUUGACAUUCCAGUUCACUCAGUAAUAAAUGAAGAGGUUUUGAUUGAAACUACAAACAUAUCUGUUCAAGAACACAUACCUGAUUUAAUUUCUGAGCUUGCUGAUUUAUCUGAAGACGAAAUCAAUGUAAGACAAGUUUACAGAAAGUGCUCUUACCAUUUAGAAGAUCCUCUUGAUACUGACGUAUCUGAUAAUGGUGUUGUUAAACCAAAUUUACCAUUAGUUGUUGACAUAAAGGAUGAUCGUUUUGAUGAAAGUGUUGAUUCUAUACCGUCACCUAAGUCUGACUUUGAUUACGUUGUUUUAAGAACAGUACAACGCAAACCAAUCAAUGUCCCAACAUUGAGACAAGUUUAUCGUAAGGAUUUUGUAUCUGUUAUUGAAGAAACUACAAUGAAUGUUGUCAUUCCUGAACACACAGUCAUAAAUAAUGAGGAUGUAAUUAAAACUACAAAUAUUUCGAUCCAAGAUCACAUUCCUGAUUUAAUUUCUGAGGUUAAUGAUUUAUCUGAAGAUGAAAUUGAUGUGAGACAAAUUUACAGAAAGGUUUCUCGUCAUUUAAUAGAAGCUGAUGAUACUCAUAUAUUAAGUCACGAUGUUGCUGAAACUAGCUCCCUAUUAAUUUCUAAUUUGAAAGAAGAUCCUUUAGAUAAAAUUAUUGAAUCCAUACCUGCGUAUGAUUCUAAUAUUGUUCAUACUGUUUUAAGAACUGUACAUCGAAAACCGCUUAAUGUUCCUUCUCUUCGAUCAGUAUAUAGAAAGGUGAUUGUGUCUGAAAUUGAAGAAGAUAAAAUCAAUGUUGACAUUCCAGUUCACUCAGUAAUAAAUGAAGAGGUUUUGAUUGAAACUACAAACAUAUCUGUUCAAGAACACAUACCUGAUUUAAUUUCUGAGCUUGCUGAUUUAUCUGAAGACGAAAUCAAUGUAAGACAAGUUUACAGAAAGUGCUCUUACCAUUUAGAAGAUCCUCUUGAUACUGACGUAUCUGAUAAUGGUGUUGUUAAACCAAAUUUACCAUUAGUUGUUGACAUAAAGGAUGAUCGUUUUGAUGAAAGUGUUGAUUCUAUACCGUCACCUGAGUCUGACAUUGAUUACGUUGUUUUAAGAACAGUACAACGCAAACCAAUCAAUGUCCCAACAUUGAGACAAGUUUAUCGUAAGGAUUUUGUAUCUCUUAUUGAAGAAACUACAAUGAAUGUUGUCAUUCCUGAACACACAGUCAUAAAUAAUGAGGAUGUAAUUAAAACUACAAAUAUUUCGAUCCAAGAUCACAUUCCUGAUUUAAUUUCUGAGGUUAAUGAUUUAUCUGAAGAUGAAAUUGAUGUGAGACAAAUUUACAGAAAGGUUUCUCGUCAUUUAUUAGAAGCUGAUGAUACUCAUAUAUUAAGUCACGAUGUUGCUGAAACUAGCUCCCUAUUAAUUUCUAAUUUGAAAGAAGAUCCUUUAGAUAAAAUUAUUGAAUCCAUACCUGCGUAUGAUUCUAAUAUUGUUCAUACUGUUUUACGAACUGUACAUCGAAAACCGCUUAAUGUUCCUUCUCUUCGAUCAGUAUAUAGAAAGGUGAUUGUGUCUGAAAUUGAAGAAGAUAUAAUCAAUGUUGACAUUCCAGUUCACUCAGUAAUAAAUGAAGAGGUUUUGAUUGAAACUACAAACAUAUCUGUUCAAGAACACAUACCUGAUUUAAUUUCUGAGCUUGCUGAUUUAUCUGAAGACGAAAUCAAUGUAAGACAAGUUUACAGAAAGUGCUCUUACCAUUUAGAAGAUCCUCUUGAUACUGACGUAUCUGAUAAUGGUGUUGUUAAACCAAAUUUACCAUUAGUUGUUGACAUUAAGGAUGAUCGUUUUGAUGAAAGUGUUGAUUCUAUACCGUCACCUGAGUCUGACAUUGAUUACAUUGUUUUAAGAACAGUACAACGCAAACCAAUCAAUGUCCCAACAUUGAGACAAGUUUAUCGUAAGGAUUUUGUAUUUCUUAUUGAAGAAACUACAAUGAAUGUUGUCAUUCCUGAACACACAGUCAUAAAUAAUGAGGAUGUAAUUGAAACUACAAAUAUUUCGAUCCAAGAACACAUUCCUGAUUUAUUUUCUGAGGUUGAUGAUUUAUCUGAAGAUGAAAUUGAUGUGAGACAAAUUUACAGAAAGGUUUCUCGUCAUUUAAUAGAAGCUAAUGAUACUCAUAUAUUAGGUCACGAUGCUGCUGAAACUAGCUCCCCAUUAAUUUCUUAUUUUAAAGAAGAUCCUUUAGAUAAAAUUAUUGAAUUGGAAGAAGAUGUUGAAUUGUCAUGCCGUCGUGUUGUUCGGGUUUUAACGAAGGUUUCUAUUGUUUCACCUUUGGUUAUUCCUUAUAAUUUUGGAAGACAAGUUAUUAUUAACAGAACUAUUGUAUUACCUAAUGAAAUUAAUUUAAGCUCUCAGUUUUCUAACAAUUUAAAAGAUUAUAAUAAUCUUGAAGUUUUGGAUUCUAUUUCUAGCAAUAUGUCAGUAAUUUUGACAUUAAGAACAGUACAACGCAAACCAAUCAAUGUCCCAACAUUAAGACAAGUUUAUCGUAAGGAUUUUGUAUCUGUUAUUGAAGAAACUACAAUGAAUGUUGUCAUUCCUGAACACACAGUCAUCAAUGAUGAGGAUGUAAUUGAAACUACAAAUAUUUCGAUCCAAGAACACAUUCCUGAUUUAAUUUCUGAGCUUGCUGAUUUAUCUGAAGACGAAAUCAAUGUAAGACAAGUUUACAGAAAGUGCUCUUACCAUUUAGAAGAUCCUCUUGAUACUGACGUAUCUGAUAAUGGUGUUGUUAAACCAAAUUUACCAUUAGUUGUUGACAUAAAGGAUGAUCGUUUUGAUGAAAGUGUUGAUUCUAUACCGUCACCUGAGUCUGACAUUGAUUACAUUGUUUUAAGAACAGUACAACGCAAACCAAUCAAUGUCCCAACAUUGAGACAAGUUUAUCGUAAGGAUUUUGUAUCUCUUAUUGAAGAAACUACAAUGAAUGUUGUCAUUCCUGAACACACAGUCAUAAAUAAUGAGGAUGUAAUUGAAACUACAAAUAUUUCAAUCCAAGAACACAUUCCUGAUUUAAUUUCUGAGGUUGAUGAUUUAUCUGAAGAUGAAAUUGAUGUGAGACAAAUUUACAGAAAGGUUUCUCGUCAUUUAAUAGAAGCUGAUGAUACUCUUAUAUUAGGUCACGAUGUUGCUGAAACUAGCUCCCCAUUAAUUUCUAAUUUAAAAGAAGAUCCUUUAGAUAAAAUUAUUGAAUCCAUACCUGCGUAUGAAUCUAAUAUUGGUCAUACUGUUUUAAGAACUGUACAUCGAAAACCGCUUAAUGUACCUUCUCUUCGAUCAGUAUAUAGAAAGGUAAUUGUGUCUGAAAUUGAAGAAGAUAAAAUCAAUGUUGACAUUCCAGUUCACUCAGUAAUAAAUGAAGAGGUUUUGAUUGAAACUACAAACAUAUCUGUUCAAGAACACAUACCUGAUUUAAUUUUUGAGCUUGCUAAUUUAUCUGAAGACGAAAUCAAUGUAAGACAAGUUUACAGAAAGUGCUCUUACCAUUUAAAAGAACCUCUUGAUAAUGACGUAUCUGAUAAUGGUGUUGUUAAACCAAAUUUACCAUUAGUUGUUGACAUAAAGGAUGAUCGUUUUGAUAAAAGUGUUGAUUCUAUACCGUCACCUGAGUCUGACAUUGAUUACGUUGUUUUAAGAACAGUACAACGCAAACUAAUCAAUGUCCCAACAUUGAGACAAGUUUAUCGUAAGGAUUUUGUAUCUGUUAUUGAAGAAACUACAAUGAAUGUUGUCAUUCCUGAACACACAGUCAUAAAUAAUAAGGAUGUAAUUGAAACUACAAAUUUUUCGAUCCAAGAUCACAUUCCUGAUUUAAUUUCUGAGGUUGAUGAUUUAUCUGAAGAUGAAAUUGAUGUGAGACAAAUUUACAGAAAGGUUUCUCGUCAUUUAAUAGAAGCUGAUGAUACUCAUAUAUUAAGUCACGAUGUUGCUGAAACUAGCUCCCCAUUAAUUUCUAAUUUGAAAGAAGAUCCUUUAGAUAAAAUUAUUGAAUCCAUACCUGCGUAUGAAUCUAAUAUUGUUCAUACUGUUUUAAGAACUGUACAUCGAAAACCGCUUAAUGUUCCUUCUCUUCGAUCAGUAUAUAGAAAGGUGAUUGUGUCUGAAAUUGAAGAAGAUAAAAUCAAUGUUGACAUUCCAGUUCACUCAGUAAUAAAUGAAGAGGUUUUGAUUGAAACUACAAACAUAUCUGUUCAAGAACACAUACCUGAUUUAAUUUCUGAGCUUGCUGAUUUAUCUGAAGACGAAAUCAAUGUAAGACAAGUUUACAGAAAGUGCUCUUACCAUUUAGAAGAUCCUCUUGAUACUGACGUAUCUGAUAAUGGUGUUGUUAAACCAAAUUUACCAUUAGUUGUUGACAUAAAGGAUGAUCGUUUUGAUGAAAGUGUUGAUUCUAUACCGUCACCUGAGUCUGACAUUGAUUACGUUGUUUUAAGAACAGUACAACGCAAACCAAUCAAUGUCCCAACAUUAAGACAAGUUUAUCGUAAGGAUUUUUUAUCUGUUAUUGAAGAAACUACAAUGAAUGUUGUCAUUCCUGAACACACAGUCAUAAAUAAUGAGGAUGUAAUUGAAACUACAAAUAUUUCGAUCCAAGAACACAUUCCUGAUUUAAUUUCUGAGGUUGAUGAUUUAUAUGAAGAUGAAAUUGAUGUGAGACAAAUUUACAGAAAGGUUUCUCGUCAUUUAAUAGAAGCUGAUGAUACUCUUAUAUUAGGUCACGAUGUUGCUAAAACUAGCUCCCCAUUAAUUUCUAAUUUAAAAGAAGAUCCUUUAGAUAAAAUUAUUGAAUCCAUACCUGCGUAUGAAUCUAAUAUUGGUCAUACUGUUUUAAGAACUGUACAUCGAAAACCGCUUAAUGUACCUUCUCUUCGAUCAGUAUAUAGAAAGGUAAUUGUGUCUGAAAUUGAAGAAGAUAAAAUCAAUGUUGACAUUCCAGUUCACUCAGUAAUAAAUGAAGAGGUUUUGAUUGAAACUACAAACAUAUCUGUUCAAGAACACAUACCUGAUUUAAUUUUUGAGCUUGCUAAUUUAUCUGAAGACGAAAUCAAUGUAAGACAAGUUUACAGAAAGUGCUCUUACCAUUUAAAAGAACCUCUUGAUAAUGACGUAUCUGAUAAUGGUGUUGUUAAACCAAAUUUACCAUUAGUUGUUGACAUAAAGGAUGAUCGUUUUGAUAAAAGUGUUGAUUCUAUACCGUCACCUGAGUCUGACAUUGAUUACGUUGUUUUAAGAACAGUACAACGCAAACUAAUCAAUGUCCCAACAUUGAGACAAGUUUAUCGUAAGGAUUUUGUAUCUGUUAUUGAAGAAACUACAAUGAAUGUUGUCAUUCCUGAACACACAGUCAUAAAUAAUGAGGAUGUAAUUGAAACUACAAAUAUUUCGAUCCAAGAUCACAUUCCUGAUUUAAUUUCUGAGGUUGAUGAUUUAUCUGAAGAUGAAAUUGAUGUGAGACAAAUUUACAGAAAGGUUUCUCGUCAUUUAAUAGAAGCUGAUGAUACUCUUAUAUUAGGUCACGAUGUUGCUGAAACUAGCUCCCCAUUAAUUUCUAAUUUAAAAGAAGAUCCUUUAGAUAAAAUUAUUGAAUCCAUACCUGCGUAUGAAUCUAAUAUUGGUCAUACUGUUUUAAGAACUGUACAUCGAAAACCGCUUAAUGUACCUUCUCUUCGAUCAGUAUAUAGAAAGGUAAUUGUGUCUGAAAUUGAAGAAGAUAAAAUCAAUGUUGACAUUCCAGUUCACUCAGUAAUAAAUGAAGAGGUUUUGAUUGAAACUACAAACAUAUCUGUUCAAGAACACAUACCUGAUUUAAUUUUUGAGCUUGCUAAUUUAUCUGAAGACGAAAUCAAUGUAAGACAAGUUUACAGAAAGUGCUCUUACCAUUUAAAAGAACCUCUUGAUAAUGACGUAUCUGAUAAUGGUGUUGUUAAACCAAAUUUACCAUUAGUUGUUGACAUAAAGGAUGAUCGUUUUGAUAAAAGUGUUGAUUCUAUACCGUCACCUGAGUCUGACAUUGAUUACGUUGUUUUAAGAACAGUACAACGCAAACUAAUCAAUGUCCCAACAUUGAGACAAGUUUAUCGUAAGGAUUUUGUAUCUGUUAUUGAAGAAACUACAAUGAAUGUUGUCAUUCCUGAACACACAGUCAUAAAUAAUAAGGAUGUAAUUGAAACUACAAAUUUUUCGAUCCAAGAUCACAUUCCUGAUUUAAUUUCUGAGGUUGAUGAUUUAUCUGAAGAUGAAAUUGAUGUGAGACAAAUUUACAGAAAGGUUUCUCGUCAUUUAAUAGAAGCUGAUGAUACUCAUAUAUUAAGUCACGAUGUUGCUGAAACUAGCUCCCCAUUAAUUUCUAAUUUGAAAGAAGAUCCUUUAGAUAAAAUUAUUGAAUCCAUACCUGCGUAUGAAUCUAAUAUUGUUCAUACUGUUUUAAGAACUGUACAUCGAAAACCGCUUAAUGUUCCUUCUCUUCGAUCAGUAUAUAGAAAGGUGAUUGUGUCUGAAAUUGAAGAAGAUAAAAUCAAUGUUGACAUUCCAGUUCACUCAGUAAUAAAUGAAGAGGUUUUGAUUGAAACUACAAACAUAUCUGUUCAAGAACACAUACCUGAUUUAAUUUCUGAGCUUGCUGAUUUAUCUGAAGACGAAAUCAAUGUAAGACAAGUUUACAGAAAGUGCUCUUACCAUUUAGAAGAUCCUCUUGAUACUGACGUAUCUGAUAAUGGUGUUGUUAAACCAAAUUUACCAUUAGUUGUUGACAUAAAGGAUGAUCGUUUUGAUGAAAGUGUUGAUUCUAUACCGUCACCUGAGUCUGACAUUGAUUACGUUGUUUUAAGAACAGUACAACGCAAACCAAUCAAUGUCCCAACAUUAAGACAAGUUUAUCGUAAGGAUUUUUUAUCUGUUAUUGAAGAAACUACAAUGAAUGUUGUCAUUCCUGAACACACAGUCAUAAAUAAUGAGGAUGUAAUUGAAACUACAAAUAUUUCGAUCCAAGAACACAUUCCUAAUUUAAUUUCUGAGGUUGAUGAUUUAUAUGAAGAUGAAAUUGAUGUGAGACAAAUUUACAGAAAGGUUUCUCGUCAUUUAAUAGAAGCUGAUGAUACUCUUAUAUUAGGUCACGAUGUUGCUAAAACUAGCUCCCCAUUAAUUUCUAAUUUAAAAGAAGAUCCUUUAGAUAAAAUUAUUGAAUCCAUACCUGCGUAUGAAUCUAAUAUUGGUCAUACUGUUUUAAGAACUGUACAUCGAAAACCGCUUAAUGUACCUUCUCUUCGAUCAGUAUAUAGAAAGGUAAUUGUGUCUGAAAUUGAAGAAGAUAAAAUCAAUGUUGACAUUCCAGUUCACUCAGUAAUAAAUGAAGAGGUUUUGAUUGAAACUACAAACAUAUCUGUUCAAGAACACAUACCUGAUUUAAUUUUUGAGCUUGCUAAUUUAUCUGAAGACGAAAUCAAUGUAAGACAAGUUUACAGAAAGUGCUCUUACCAUUUAAAAGAACCUCUUGAUAAUGACGUAUCUGAUAAUGGUGUUGUUAAACCAAAUUUACCAUUAGUUGUUGACAUAAAGGAUGAUCGUUUUGAUAAAAGUGUUGAUUCUAUACCGUCACCUGAGUCUGACAUUGAUUACGUUGUUUUAAGAACAGUACAACGCAAACUAAUCAAUGUCCCAACAUUGAGACAAGUUUAUCGUAAGGAUUUUGUAUCUGUUAUUGAAGAAACUACAAUGAAUGUUGUCAUUCCUGAACACACAGUCAUAAAUAAUGAGGAUGUAAUUGAAACUACAAAUAUUUCGAUCCAAGAUCACAUUCCUGAUUUAAUUUCUGAGGUUGAUGAUUUAUCUGAAGAUGAAAUUGAUGUGAGACAAAUUUACAGAAAGGUUUCUCGUCAUUUAAUAGAAGCUGAUGAUACUCAUAUAUUAAGUCACGAUGUUGCUGAAACUAGCUCCCCAUUAAUUUCUAAUUUGAAAGAAGAUCCUUUAGAUAAAAUUAUUGAAUCCAUACCUGCGUAUGAAUCUAAUAUUGUUCAUACUGUUUUAAGAACUGUACAUCGAAAACCGCUUAAUGUUCCUUCUCUUCGAUCAGUAUAUAGAAAGGUGAUUGUGUCUGAAAUUGAAGAAGAUAAAAUCAAUGUUGACAUUCCAGUUCACUCAGUAAUAAAUGAAGAGGUUUUGAUUGAAACUACAAACAUAUCUGUUCAAGAACACAUACCUGAUUUAAUUUCUGAGCUUGCUGAUUUAUCUGAAGACGAAAUCAAUGUAAGACAAGUUUACAGAAAGUGCUCUUACCAUUUAGAAGAUCCUCUUGAUACUGACGUAUCUGAUAAUGGUGUUGUUAAACCAAAUUUACCAUUAGUUGUUGACAUAAAGGAUGAUCGUUUUGAUGAAAGUGUUGAUUCUAUACCGUCACCUGAGUCUGACAUUGAUUACGUUGUUUUAAGAACAGUACAACGCAAACCAAUCAAUGUCCCAACAUUAAGACAAGUUUAUCGUAAGGAUUUUUUAUCUGUUAUUGAAGAAACUACAAUGAAUGUUGUCAUUCCUGAACACACAGUCAUAAAUAAUGAGGAUGUAAUUGAAACUACAAAUAUUUCGAUCCAAGAACACAUUCCUGAUUUAAUUUCUGAGAUUGAUGAUUUAUAUGAAGAUGAAAUUGAUGUGAGACAAAUUUACAGAAAGGUUUCUCGUCAUUUAAUAGAAGCUGAUGAUACUCUUAUAUUAGGUCACGAUGUUGCUGAAACUAGCUCCCCAUUAAUUUCUAAUUUAAAAGAAGAUCCUUUAGAUAAAAUUAUUGAAUCCAUACCUGCGUAUGAAUCUAAUAUUGGUCAUACUGUUUUAAGAACUGUACAUCGAAAACCGCAUAAUGUUCCUUCUCUUCGAUCUGUAUAUAGAAAGGUGAUUGUGUCUGAAAUUGAAGGAGAUAAAAUCAAUGUUGACAUUCCAGUUCACUCAGUAAUAAAUGAAGAGGUUUUGAUUGAAACUACAAACAUAUCUGUUCAAGAACACAUACCUGAUUUAAUUUCUGAGCUUGCUAAUUUAUCUGAAGACAAAAUCAAUGUAAGACAAGUUUACAGAAAGUGCUCUUACCAUUUAGAAGAACCUCUUGAUACUGACGUAUCUGAUAAUGGUGUUGUUAAACCAAAUUUACCAUUAGUUGUUGACAUAAAGGAUGAUCGUUUUGAUGAAAGUGUUGAUUCUAUACCAUCACCUGAGUCUGACAUUGAUUACGUUGUUUUAAGAACAGUACAACGCUCCCCUAGAACUAGCUCCCCAUUAAUUUCUUAUUUGAAAGAAGAUCCUUUAGAUAAAAUUAUUGAAUUGGAAGAAGAUGUUGAAUUGUCAUGCCGUCGUGUUGUUCGGGUUUUAACGAAGGUUUCUAUUGUUUCACCUUUGGUUAUUCCUUAUGAUUUUGGAAGACAAGUUAUUAUUAACAGAACUAUUGUAUUACCUAAUGAAAUUGAUUUAAGCUCUCAGUUUUCUAACAAUUUAAAAGAUAAUAAUAAUCUUGAAGUUUUGGAUUCUAUUUCUAGCAAUAUGUCAGUAAUUUUGACAUUAAGAACAGUACAACGCAAACCAAUCAAUGUCCCAACAUUGAGACAAGUUUAUCGUAAGGAUUUUGUAUCUGUUAUUGAAGAAACUACAAUGAAUGUUGUCAUUCCUGAACACACAGUCAUCAAUGAUGAGGAUCUAAUUGAAACUACAAAUAUUUCGAUCCAAGAACACAUUCCUGAUUUAAUUUCUGAGCUUGCUGAUUUAUCUGAAGACGAAAUCAAUGUAAGACAAGUUUACAGAAAGUGCUCUUACCAUUUAGAAGAUCCUCUUGAUACUGACGUAUCUGAUAAUGGUGUUGUUAAACCAAAUUUACCAUUAGUUGUUGACAUAAAGGAUGAUCGUUUUGAUGAAAGUGUUGAUUCUAUACCGUCACCUGAGUCUGACAUUGAUUACAUUGUUUUAAGAACAGUACAACGCAAACCAAUCAAUGUCCCAACAUUGAGACAUGUUUAUCGUAAGGAUUUUGUAUCUCUUAUUGAAGAAACUACAAUGAAUGUUGUCAUUCCUGAACACACAGUCAUAAAUAAUGAGGAUGUAAUUGAAACUACAAAUAUUUCAAUCCAAGAACACAUUCCUGAUUUAUUUUCUGAGGUUGAUGAUUUAUCUGAAGAUGAAAUUGAUGUGAGACAAAUUUACAGAAAGGUUUCUCGUCAUUUAAUAGAAGCUGAUGAUACUCAUAUAUUAGGUCUCGAUGUUGCUGAAACUAGCUCCCCAUUAAUUUCUAAUUUGAAAGAAGAUCUUUUAGAUAAAAUUAUUGAAUCCAUACCUGCGUAUGAAUCUAAUAUUGGUCAUACUGUUUUAAGAACUGUACAUCGAAAACCGCUUAAUGUUUCUUCUUUUCGAUCAGUAUAUAGAAAGGUGAUUGUGUCUGAAAUUGAAGAAGAUAAAAUCAAUGUUGACAUUCCAGUCCAUUCAGUAAUAAAUGAAGAGGUUUUGAUUGAAACUACAAACAUAUCUGUUCAAGAACGCAUACCUGAUUUAAUUUCUGAGCUUGCCGAUUUAUCUGAAGACGAAAUCAAUGUAAGACAAGUUUACAGAAAGUGCUCUUACCAUUUAGAAGAACCUCUUGAUACUGACGUAUCUGAUAAUGGUGUUGUUAAACCAAAUUUACCAUUAGUUGUUGACAUAAAGGAUGAUCGUUUUGAUGAAAGUGUUGAUUCUAUACCGUCACCUGAGUCUGACAUUAAUUACGUUGUUUUAAGAACAGUACAACGCAAAUUAAUCAAUGUCCCAACAUUAAGACAAGUUUAUCGUAAGGAUUUUGUAUCUGUUAUUGAAGAAACUACAAUGAAUGUUGUGAUUCCUGAACACACAGUCAUAAAUAAUGAGGAUGUAAUUGAAACUACAAAUAUUUCAAUCCAAGAACACAUUCCUGAUUUAAUUUCUGAGGUUGAUGAUUUAUCUGAAGAUGAAAUUGAUGUGAGACAAAUUUACAGAAAGGUUUCUCGUCAUUUAAUAGAAGCUGAUGAUACUCAUAUAUUAGGUCACGAUGUUGCUGAAACUAGCUCCCCAUUAAUUUCUAAUUUGAAAGAAGAUCCUUUAGAUAAAUUUAUUGAAUCCAUACCUGCGUAUGAAUCUAAUAUUGGUCAUACUGUUUUAAGAACUGUAUAUCGAAAACCGCUUAAUGUUCCUUCUCUUCGAUCAGUAUAUAGAAAGGUGAUUGUGUCUGAAAUUGAAGAAGAUAAAAUCAAUGUUGACAUUCCAGUCCAUUCAGUAAUAAAUGAAGAGGUUUUGAUUGAAACUACAAACAUAUCUGUUCAAGAACGCAUACCUAAUUUAAUUUCUGAGCUUGCCGAUUUAUCUGAAGACGAAAUCAAUGUAAGACAAGUUUACAGAAAGUGCUCUUACCAUUUAGAAGAACCUCUUGAUACUGACGUAUCUGAUAAUGGUGUUGUUAAACCAAAUUUACCAUUAGUUGUUGACAUAAAGGAUGAUCGUUUUGAUGAAAGUGUUGAUUCUAUACCGUCACCUGAGUCCGACAUUAAUUACGUUGUUUUAAGAACAGUACAACGCAAAUUAAUCAAUGUCCCAACAUUAAGACAAGUUUAUCGUAAGGAUUUUGUAUCUGUUAUUGAAGAAACUACAAUGAAUGUUGUGAUUCCUGAACACACAGUCAUAAAUAAUGAGGAUGUAAUUGAAACUACAAAUAUUUCGAUCCAAGAACACAUUCCUGAUUUAAUUUCUGAGGUUGAUGAUUUAUCUGAAGAUGAAAUUGAUGUGAGACAAAUUUACAGAAAGGUUUCUCGUCAUUUAAUAGAAGCUGAUGAUACUCAUAUAUUAGGUCACGAUGUUGCUGAAACUAGCUCCCCAUUAAUUUCUAAUUUGAAAGAAGAUCCUUUAGAUAAAUUUAUUGAAUCCAUACCUGCGUAUGAAUCUAAUAUUGGUCAUACUGUUUUAAGAACUGUAUAUCGAAAACCGCUUAAUGUUCCUUCUCUUCGAUCAGUAUAUAGAAAGGUGAUUGUGUCUGAAAUUGAAGAAGAUAAAAUCAAUGUUGACAUUCCAGUUCACUCAGUAAUAAAUGAAGAGGUUUUGAUUGAAACUACAAACAUAUCUGUUCAAGAACACAUACCUGAUUUAAUUUCUGAGCUUGCUAAUUUAUCUGAAGACGAAAUCAAUGUAAGACAAGUUUACAGAAAGUGCUCUUACCAUUUAGAAGAACCUCUUGAUACUGACGUAUCUGAUAAUGGGGUUGUUAAACCAAAUUUACCAUUAGUUGUUGACAUAAAGGAUGAUCGUUUUGAUGAAAGUGUUGAUUUUUUACCGUCACCUGAUGCUGACAAUGAUUACGUUGUUUUAAGAACAGUACAACGCAAACCAAUCAAUGUCCCAACAUUAAGACAAGUUUAUCGUAAGGAUUUUGUAUCUGUUAUUGAAGAAACUACAAUGAAUGUUGUCAUUCCUGAACACACAGUCAUAAAUAAUGAGGAUGUAAUUGAAACUACAAAUAUUUCGAUCCAAGAACACAUUCCUGAUUUAAUUUCUGAGGUUGAUGAUUUAUCUGAAGAUGAAAUUGAUGUGAGACAAAUUUACAGAAAGGUUUCUCGUCAUUUAAUAGAAGCUGAUGAUACUCAUAUAUUAGGUCACGAUGUUGCUGAAACUAGCUCCCCAUUAAUUUCUUAUUUGAAAGAAGAUCCUUUAGAUAAAAUUAUUGAAUUGGAAGAAGAUGUUGAAUUGUCAUGCCGUCGUGUUGUUCGGGUUUUAACGAAGGUUUCUAUUGUUUCACCUUUGGUUAUUCCUUAUGAUUUUGGAAGACAAGUUAUUAUUAACAGAACUAUUGUAUUACCUAAUGAAAUUGAUUUAAGCUCUCAGUUUUCUAACAAUUUAAAAGAUAAUAAUAAUCUUGAAGUUUUGGAUUCUAUUUCUAGCAAUAUGUCAGUAAUUUUGACAUUAAGAACAGUACAACGCAAACCAAUCAAUGUCCCAACAUUGAGACAAGUUUAUCGUAAGGAUUUUGUAUCUGUUAUUGGAGAAACUGCAAUGAAUGUUGUCAUUCCUGAACACACAGUCAUAAAUGAUGAGGAUGUAAUUGAAACUGCAAAUAUUUCGAUCCAAGAACACAUUCCUGAUUUAAUUUCUGAGGUUGAUGAUUUAUCUGAAGAUGAAAUUGAUGUGAGACAAAUUUACAGAAAGGUUUCUCGUCAUUUAAUAGAAGCUGAUGAUACUCAUAUAUUAGGUCACGAUGUUGCUGAAACUAGCUCCCUAUUAAUUUCUAAUUUGAAAGAAGAUCCUUUAGAUAAAAUUGUUGAAUCCAUACCUGUGUAUGAAUCUAAUAUUGGUCAUACUGUUUUAAGAACUGUACAUCGAAAACCGCUUAAUGUUCCUUCUCUUCGAUCAGUAUAUAGAAAGGUGAUUGUGUCUGAAAUUGAAGAAGAUAAAAUCAAUGUUGACAUUUCAGUUCACUCAGUAAUAAAUGAAGAGGUUUUGAUUGAAACUACAAACAUAUCUGUUCAAGAACACAUACCUGAUUUAAUUUCUGAGCUUGCUAAUUUAUCUGAAGACGAAAUCAAUGUAAGACAAGUUUACAGAAAGUGCUCUUACCAUUUAGAAGAACCUCUUGAUACUGACGUAUCUGAUAAUGGUGUUGUUAAACCAAAUUUACCAUUAGUUGUUGACAUAAAGGAUGAUCGUUUUGACGAAAGUGUUGAUUCUAUACCGUCACCUGAGUCUGACAUUGAUUACGUUGUUUUAAGAACAGUACAACGCAAACCAAUCAAUGUCCCAACGUUGAGACAAGUUUAUCGUAAGGAUUUUGUAUGUCUUAUUGAAGAAACUACUAUGAAUGUUGUGUUUCCUGAACACACAGUCAUAAAUGAUGAGGGUAUUAUUGAAACUACAAAUAUUUCGAUCCAAGAACACAUUCCUGAUUUAAUUUCUGAGGUUGAUGAUUUAUCUGAAGAUGAUAUUAAUGUGAGACAAAUUUACAGAAAUGUUACUCGUCAUUUUGUUGAACCUGAUGUUACUCAUUCAUUUGAUUUGGACUUGGUAAAGCCAAGUUCACUUUUUAAUACUGAGGUGAAGGACGUUUUAGAAAUAUCGUCCUCUGGUUUGCUUUCUUUUUCGAUGCCUGAUUCGUGUCUUUCUAUUUUCCCUUUUGAACCGUCAACUUUAAAUAAUCAUUAUGGUAUGGUUGAUGAAGAGGUUUUUUGUAGAAAAGUUUUUCGUCAGGCCGAGUAUUUUGAAAAUGAUUUUGUUGAAGUUAUGCCUCUUUUUGGUGUUGAUUAUGUCGGCAAGGUAUCUCGAUUACCUACUAUAUCCGAAAUCGAUGAGGAUUCCCUUUCGAUUUGUAGUUCUCAUGACCAUGAUGAUAUUCUUAUAGAAAUAUUUAGUAGGAAAGUUGUUCGUGUUGUUAGUAAAUCUAGUUAUAGUGAUAAUUAUCCUGUUCCGUUGGGUCCUCAAAUUACCAUGAAAAAACAGCGUUUUAAAACUGUUAUCGUUCGUCGCGUUUUUCAUACUGUUAAAACUGUAAUUGUUCGAAAGGAGCUCGAGGAUUAUUACCCAGAUAGUACCGAUAAAAGUUCAUUUAUUUCAAGUUGCUCUUCUGAUAAUUAUUUAAUUAAAAAUGAUGUAUUAUCAACUGAUGGUAAAUAUUAUUCUAAAGCGAUGGAUUUUGGAAAUAGUGAUUAUCAAAUGUCAUUUGGUUUCUUGAAUGAGCCCUCAUUUAUAAUUUUGGAUUCUUUCACUAAAACUAAAAGUAAUAUAAUGGUUAGUGGCUUUUCUCACGAAAAGAACAUUCGAGACAGUUUAUCAUCAUCUUUACAAUUGGACUCAGAAAUGAAUUUUGAUAAUAAUUUUGUUGAAAAAUGUCCAAUAAAAUCUUAUGAUACCGAUACAUGCGUUAAGAAAACAUUUGAUGUUAAAAUGUCAGAUGAUAUAUUAUUAUCGUGUAAAUUUAUUGACAAUAGUUCAGUUAAAGAUAUAUUGGUAAACAAUCUAAAUAAAUCAAAUCCAAUUGAAACAGUGUACGUACAAGAUCUUAAUGAGAUCUCAGCUAAACCUUUUAUUGGUGUUUCAGGAAAUCCAGAAGUUCUUUUUAAUGCUUUAAAUUCAUUUUCUAUCUUCAUUCAAUGUAUGAACAUUAAGUUAAAAAGUUUCUUAAGUCUUACUCCUGCAUACGAUUUUUUAACUGUUGUUAAAGAGGAACACAAGCUUUUUCAGCAAAGUCUUGUCCAAAAGGAGCCAGAAUAUGAUAACAUUAUUCAAAAUGGAUUAAAGUUACUAGAAGAUAUUCAUUCUUUGCAAGAGAAAAAUGAACUUUACAAACAACUUGAAAAAAUUACAAAAGAUUGGGAUGAUAUUAAUAAAGCCUCAUCUAAACGCCAAUUUGACAUUGACAAACUUCAUCUUAUCUGUAGAAAGUACAACUGUGAAUAUGUAACAUUUAAUAUAUAUUUAACAAAAGUGGAAAAUCAAAAGGAUGGAUUUAAACCUGUCUCAACAGAUAAAAUUUUGCUUCAAAAACAAUUAGCUGAGGCUGAGCAAUUUUAUGCUGAUGUCAAUGAGAAUAGAAGUGCUUACAAUAAUUUUAUUACUGCCAAUGAGUCAAUUUUUAUAACUUGUAAAGAACUUGAUAUUACAGAUGGGUUGACAGAGAUGUUUAACCAAGUAGAGUUAGUUAAAGAAAAGUGGACAAACCUUAAUAGUUAUGCUUGUAAUAGGUUGCAUUUAUGCAAGGAAACAUUGCAGUUAUUAGAAGAUUUUGAUAAAAAGUUAAAUCCUAUUGAAAUGCUAAUAUAUGAAGUUAAUUUUUAUGCAAACCAAUAUCAUUUAUUUGGCGAUGAUGUUAAUCAGGCUGAAAGUAUUUUAGUAGAAAUUCAGAAAUACUCAACUACAUUGAAGAUGAAGAAAUCCGAGCUUGUUUGCAUUUUAAAAGAUGUUGUUGAAUCAUUUUGUAAAUUGAAUGUUGAAAAUAGUUUUGCUCGUGAAAGAGUUGCUAAAGAUAUCAGCGUUAUUAAUGAAUUAAUAAGUAAACUUUUAGAAUUAAGUAAUACAACUGUACAAAAUAAAGCUGCUGUAAUAAGACUUUUUGAAAUUAUUGCAAAAGUUUCUGAAAAUCUCCUUGUUAUUCAAAGUUCUUCUGCUCUGAAUAAAGAAAACUGCUUUGUUCUAGAAGAUAUUUCACACCAAAUUAAUGUUCUUCAGGAGGUUGAAAUUCAGUUGACAAAAUAUAAGGCUGAUAUUGAUUGUGCAGAGAAAAAUACAGCUGUUAUAAUUGAAGUUAAUAAAAAUGACGAAAAACUGUGCUCUAAUGUUGCUAUUAAUCUUAGUAAUUUAAGAAAAAGUUUCAAAAGCUUGGCUAAUAAGAUUUCUGAAAAACUCAAUACUAUGGUUACUGUUAAAUUAUGUUAUGAAAAUUUUAUGGAAUUAAAGGCUCCAAUAGAACAAUUAAUCACAUCAAGUGUUUUAUUGGAUAGAAAUCUGUUGCCAAUUGAAGUGAAUGUUGAUAAUGAACAAAUUAAGUUACUUAAGGAUCUCAUUGCCAAGUUGGAGGAUCGAAAAUCUGAUUUAAAAUCCACUAAUAGAGUUGGGCUAAAAUUGAUUGGUUAUCUUGACAAUUCAGAAAAUGUUGAAAGAACAUUAGAGUCAUUAAAUGAUUCUUAUUUUGAGGUGAUUGACAAAUUAAAAGGAAAAGUGAACAUAAUCAAUGAGCAUUGUUAUAAAGUUAAUAUUUUCAACAGUCUUAUUGAUGGAAUUAAAGCAUGGGUUGUCGAAUGUCAGCAUUUUAUUGAAAGUUUUGUGAUGCCUAAAAUAGAUAUUGAGAAUGUUAAUAAGCAAAUUGAAGUAAUUCAGAACAAUCUAAAAAAUCACAGAAAGUAUGUGUUGAUGUUAAAAGAAGCUCAAAUGAUUAAAAACUGUUCCUUUAAUGAUUAUAAAAUAAUCUUUCCAUCAGUUGAAAAACAGUUAAAAAUGGUUGAAAAACCUAUGGACGAUAUAUCUGAAAAGCUAAGUGAACUUGAAAAUCAAUUAUUUGUAUCGCUAACCUUUUGUAAACAAUAUUCAUUUGACGAAAGUGAGUGUACUCAAUGGCUAAUUAAAACUGAGAAUGAACUUAAAAAACAAAAGCCAAUUUCUGCCAAGAAUGAUAUAAAUUGUCAACAGUUAGUAAAUCAAAAGAAUCUUGUUGAAGAUGUACAAUUAAAAUCAUUACAGUUUGAGGUCUUUUUUGAAAAUGUUGGUGAUCAAAAUACAGCGGAUGUGAAUAAAACAGCCAUUUUUAACCGCUGGUUUGAAAUAAAGCAAAGUGUAAAUAAGCGAGAAAAAUGUCUUAAUGAAGUUGUUCAUUUAUCUGAAAAGUUUGAAGGUUUAUUUUCUAUUGUUGUUCCAUGGUUAAAUAAUGCUAAAAAAACUUGUGAUGUAUUAACUAGUAUACCUGUUAAACCUAAUAAAUUGUUGAAACAAAUAUCAAGUGUUGAUGAGAUGAUUGCACAGGUUGCUGUAAAGAAACCAAUCAUAAAAGAUUUCAAUGAUUGCUUUCGUGAAUUAGAACAAAAAGCUGAAUGUGAUAUUGAGGAUAUAUCUGAUAUAGUAAAUUGUACUCUUAUGCAGUUCAAAGGAUUAGAAAAUAAUUUGCUUAAUAUAAGCCAUAGAGCAAAAAAAAUGCAAGAAAAAAUCGAAAUUUUCAAAACUAUGCAAAACAAUAUCGAAGAAUUAUGUUCUGAAGUUCAUUCUACAUGUGAUAAAAUCAAACCACAUGAUGUUGAGGAAGCUAAUAUUGAGAAAGAUGUGUUACAAAUGUUUCUUACUGAUAUUAGUAAUAAAAAGUUAGACAUUGAUCUUUUAAAACAAAUGGGAAAUGAAUUGAUUUUAAUUGACAACCAAAAUGUGAAUAUUAUAACAAUUAAUGAAACAGUGAUGUCUGUUGAGAAAAAGGUGUGUGAUGCUAUUUUUAAGAUAAAAAACAUGCUUGAAAAUAUAGAGAAAUUUUCUAAUGAUGUUGUUAAGUUUCAAAAUAUCCUAUUUUCUGCAAAAAUGAAAAGUGAUGAACUAAUUAAAAAUAGUAAUGCUAUUAACUCGACUGGCUCUACUAGAGAAAUAAUAAAAACUCAGUUAAGUGAAAUAAAUGAUAUUCAAAAUGAAUUGAAAAAUGUUUAUAAUGAUUUUCUACAAGCAGAAGCAUUAGCUGAUGAAAUAUUUGCAAGAAGAAAUAAAGACCAAUCUACAUAUGACAGACUGCAAAGUCAAUUACAAGAUACAAAAAAAUUAUUAAAAAUAAAUGAAAGUUUAGCAGACUCCUGUGAACAAAAAUUGAGAACUAAACUUAAAUCUUGUGGUGAUUUGCAAGAUUUAGCAGAAAAUCUUCUUUAUAAACUGAAAGCUAUUCAAUUAAACAUAGAUCAACAUAUUAUCAAAGAUUUGUCUAUUAACCCAGAUAAUAUUAGAAAAAAUAUUUAUUCUCUUCAGAACCUUAAAAAUGAUAUUGAAAAUCAAGAAUUAACUUGUAAAGAAGUAUUGCAAAAUCUCAAUGUGUUGAUGGCUAACAUGGAAAACUCUGCAGAGCUAGUUGUUUUGAAAAGUAAAAGUGAUGAACUUAAAGAUUUAUGGGAAUCAGUAAAUAAUAAAGUUUUGCAUGAAAUUACAAAGUUAGAAAGUGUGCAUUUCAAUGCUGCAGAUUUAGAUUUAAAAGUUAAAAAUAUGGGAAUGUUUUUGAUUGCAAAACAAAAGCAAGUUGAUUGCUUUCUUGUGGAUAUCCCUUGUGUUGCUGAUGACCUAUAUUUGUACCAAACUAAAGUUGAUGAUGUUACUAAAAGUUUACAAGUGCACUAUCAAGAUAUUGUGGAGAUAAAGGAUUUAAUUGCCAGUUUAGAGUCAAUUUGCCAAAAUGAUAUUCUUGAUAUUCAAAUUUGUAUUGAUAAGUUUGAAGUCCAUUACUUUGAACUUAAAAAAAGGUGCACUGAAGAACAAUCUGAGAUAGACAAAAUGUUUCAAAAAAUAAAUUUUUUUAAUGAUAUUCUAUUAAAGUCUACAAAAGUUCUAAAAGAAAUUGAAAAAGAAGUGUAUGAUGCAACCAUUUUUAAAGCGAACAAAUUUCAAAUCACAGAAGUGAAUCAUAAAUUAAAUGAUAUAGAGAUAAAAACAAAUGAGUUAUUUGUUAGUAUUUCUGAGUUAAAUGUCAUUUGUGCAGAUAUCAAGAAAGUUAACAAUUCUUUUCAAGAUAAUGAUCUAAAUGAUUUAUCUCUAAAAUUAAAAAAUUUGCAAACUUUAAUUUCUGAAAAAAGAAAUGACUUGAAAAAUUUAUUAAACUACUGGGAUAAUGCCUUGCUUUUGAAAGAAAAAAUUGUUGAUGAUUUUUCUGCAAUUCAAACAGAUAUCUUGCAAUGUGAGCCUUCUAUUUUUUCUGCUGAAGCUAUUACCAGUCACUUAGAAAUUUUGAAUACAUGUAAAUUCAAAAUUGACAUAGUGGAAGAACAUGUGGAAAAUCUUACAAAUAAUUCUUUCUUUAGCUACAAGGAGGUGGACAUUGAGCUUUUUGAGGGCAUUUGCUCACUUGAAAAACAGAUUAAGAGUUUUAAAACUAAAAUUGUAGAAAAAGAACAAUUGCUAAAUAAAUUAAAAGAUAAGUGUUGUGCUUUUUUCGGAUUAUUUGAUGAAGUUUCUGCAAAAUUAACGAACUUGGAGAAUAAAAUAUCAUUUUUAGACAUAAAUAACAAUGACAAAGAUGUUAAUGAUAAACAAAUUCAAGAAGUUAAAGAUUUAAAUACUGAGUUAGAUAGAAUAAAAGAAUCUGUAACAAAAUUGAAUAUUAAUGAAAAAAAAAUUGGAAACAAGUAUCCGGAACUGUCGUUAGAAAAAGCUAAAUCAUUGUUACAGGCAUUAAAUGACAAAGUGGCAUUAGUAUCUAUUGAUUUAUUUAAUAGGCAAAGUAAAUUGGAAAUUUCUUUGCAGCAAAGUGGGAAACUAAAUGACUUUUUAAAUUCUUUAUCUGUUUGGCUUGAGGAAAACUCUAAGUUUGUUGAGAAUCAAGAUGCCAUUAAUGCUGCAGAUGAAAACGUACUGCUAGCUCAAAUACAGGAGCAGAAACUUUUGAAAAAAAUGUUUUUUGAUCAUGAACAUAAUUUUACAGAAUUACAAAAAAUAGGAAUUGAUUUGUUAAAAGCAACCAACGAUUGUGGAAAGAAAAAAAAUAUUGAAGCAGACCUUAAGAGUAUUAGUAACACUUGGAAUAACUUGAAUAAAAAAAUUGAUGAACGUGAAAAUCUUCUAUUAAAAACAUUACAAAAAGUUCAAAUAUUAAAUACAUGUCUAGGUGAAAUAGUUAAGAAACUUGAUGUCUUAGAAAUAAAAGUAAAUGUCGAUAAAGAUUUACUUAGUUGUGAUAAUAGUGAUACUUUAAAAGAACAAAAACAGCAUGUGGAAAUAAUGUUGAAUGAAGUUUUAUUUAUAGAAUCUAUGAUAAAUCAAGUUUAUUUGCAUGAACAAGAUCUAAAGUCUUUUUCAACACCAACUUGUUACCUAAAGAUUAAAGAAAAGUCAUCUGUUGUUGUUAAACUUUAUGAAAAAAUUCUUAAUCACUGGUUAACUAAACAAAAAUGUAUCACAAAUUAUGAACACCUGUUUAAUGACUUGACAAAUAGAGCAAAUGCGUUUGAUCAAUGGGUUGAUGACAUAAAAGUUCAGGUUGCUGAAUUCCAAAAUGAAAUUCAAAAGGUGAUAAUAGUGCAGAAAGAUAUGGAGAAUCAUAAAUCUGUUUUAAAUGAAAUAAAAAUCCUUGUUAAAGAAUUAAAUGGAAUAUCACAGUGUAUUGAACCUCAGGAAAUUUAUAAUCACAUUGAAGAAAAAUAUCAUAAACUUAUUACAGAAAAUUUAGCUAACUUAAGUUCUUUGCAGAAAUCAAGUUUAGAAUUAAAAGAGUUUUAUGACCGAGUAGAAAGUUUAUUUGAAUGGUUAGAUAAAAUGUUGAGUGACUAUGAAGUUAAAAAGCCAUCUUACAUUAACCCUGAUGAAGUAAAAGAACAGCUUUUAGCUCAUCAAGCUAUAUCUUCUCAAGUUUCAUCAAUGAAUCAUAGUUUCAAAAACAUAUAUGAAUCAGCUGAAUGUUUAACUUCCAAAGAUAUAGAAAGAAAUAAUGUUCAAGCUAAAUUGGAUUCUUUAAAACUUAUGGAGCUCAAAUUAAAUGAAAAUUUAACAAAACGACAAAAUGAACUUAUGGAAGACCUUUUGCUUAUUCAAAAAUUCUCAGACCUAAGCAAAGAAUUUAGCCAAAAGUUAUCUUAUACUGAAACCAAUUUAGAUGCUAUAAAGAAAGAGGAAGGAAUCAAUCUUAAUUUACAUAAAGAAACACUAGACACAGUUGAAAAAAAUUUAUUGCAAUCAAUGUCUGAUUUAGAAAAUUUGAAAGAAUUAAGCAUUCAAAUUAAAAAUGGGAGAUCUAAUAUUGACUCAAUUACCAUUAUUAAAAUGAUUGAUGAGUAUGAUACUUUUUGGAAACACAUCAAGUUGUCUUUUGAGAAGAUAAAAAAAAGUAUCACUGCAGAUAAAACAGACAAAGAGAUUGAAAUACUAUGGAGUAAACUUGAAGAUGCUAUUGAAAAGUGUGGAAUAAUUAAAAAAAAGUUAAAGCAAUGGGUUGAAGUACCAGUUAUUGAAAAUUUAAUUGCAGAAAAUAUUCUAAAAGUAACUGAACAAGAAAACGAAAUCAAUGAUUUGGAAGAUACUAUAUCAAAUUUAAAUAAAUCUAUUGACUUACUUAGUCAAGAAGAAUUAUCAAAAUCUCCUGCUCUGCUCAUAAGACAGAGUAAACUUAAUAGUUUGUGGAAGCAUAUUAUCAAUAGUCUAACUGUAUACAAAGGAGAUUUAAUAAACUCUUUAGAUGCAGCUAAAAGUUUUUGGGGUGGGGUCAAAAAACUAAAAGAUAUUAUUUUAGAUAUGCAAACGAAGAUUGAUGAGCAGGGUGAACCAACAACCAAUAUUGAUAUUUUACUUUUAAUGAUUUCUGAAAACCAAAACUUACACGAGGUUUUAGAAGAAAAUUGUAAAACUUUGAUUGAUUUGUCUAAUGCUUCUUUGGUUCUUAUUAAAAAUGCAUCCACUGAAAAUAAUGCUGAAGUUCUAAAGGUUUUAAAUGACGUUACUGACCAAUGGGAUACUCUUAACAAACAUUGGAAUUUGCGCAAAGAUAGUUUACUUCAAUUAAAAAAUAUCUUGAUUAGUUACAAUCAAGAUAAAGAUAGCAUUGAAGCAUGGCUGUCAGAAGCUGAAAACCAAAAUUUAAUUCAGGGAAGUAAAUGUUGUGAUCUUAGUGAUAUUAGAGAAAAGUUAAAUAUGCAACGAAUAUUUUACAAAGAUUUAACUAAGCAUCAAUCUGAAAUAAUUGCUUUAAAUCAAAAAGGAUCUUCUUUAGUUGAGAAAGUUGGUGAAGAAGAUGCUGAGAAAAUUCGUGAACAUUUGGCAUUGACAGAAAAAAGAUGGAAUACUCUUGUAGAGAGCUCUAAUCAGUGUCAGGUAGAACUUGAAGAUACUUUGUUAUCUCUUGGUCAUUAUCAUAUUGUUAUUGAAGAACUUCUUACUUGGAUUACACAAACCAGAUUAGUUCUACUUGAGCGAUCUGUACCUAAGAAUAAACAAUCUAUUGAAAUUGAAUUGUCAAAAUUUAGAUCUGUUAAAAAAGAUGUUGAUUCUCGUAGACACAUUGCUGAUUCUUGUAUUAAAAUUGCUGAAGGUUUUGUGGAAAAAUGUAUUAUUACUGACAGACAAAAUAUUGAGAUCAAACUAAAUAUUCUUAAAACAGCCUGGUGUGAAAUGCAACAGUUACUUCAACAAAAAGAAGAAAUUUUAAAUGAUGCUUUAGAAGAAACGCAUAAGUUUUAUGAACAGUUACAAGAUCUAACUGCUUGGCUUAUUGAGGCAAAAGUAAUUUUAAAAAGAAAAAUUGAAUUUAGUGAUGUAGAAAGUAUAAGUGUUCAUCUUGAAAGACAUUCUGAGUUUAUUACAAUGUUUUUAGAACAUGAGGAAAAUUAUGAAUUUGUUGUUGAAACAUUAACCAUGAUGGAAUCAAAUAAUAAGAGCGUAAGUGAUAAAUUUGAAGUGCAAAAAAUUUUAGUAAACUUAAAAACAGACUGGCAUGAAUUAAAAGACUUAUCCCAGUCUAAAUCUGAUUUUCUUCAAAAUUCGCUCAAGAAUGCUGAACUGUAUCAAAAUUUAAAACAUGAUAUUGAAAUCUGGUUUGUUCAAGUAUAUGAUGCUAUUACAUCAUAUGGUCCUGUUAGCACCAACAUGGAAGUAAUUAAGAAGCAGAUGUGUGAGGUAGAAGAGUUGUCGUCAUCAGUUUUUGAAAAGCAAAAAUGUUUAUCAAGACUAAAAGAGGUAAUGAAUGUUAUGAGCCCAACUUAUUCUCCUAGUGAAGCAUUCUCUUUGAGCAGUCAAAUAGAAGAACUGACUCAACAUUGGAAAGAAGUUGCAGUAAAGUUAAAAGAACGAAAAAAAUUGUUAGCAUCAAACUAUGAGCAAGUUUUAAUCUUUUCAGAAGGUAGUUCUCAGCUGUAUGGUUUCUUAGAUGAUUUAGAAAAAUUAAUUGAUCCAUCAAUUGGCAAAGAUGCAAAUUCAGUAAAACUGCAAAUUCGUAAAAACAAAGAAAAUCAAAAACUGAUUUUGCUAAAGCAAGCUCAAUUAAAUGCUACUGUAAAAGCGGGUAUGUUUUUGAUUUCAAAAAGUCAAUGUGGAGAAGGACCUGUUCUUUCAAAAACUGUUGAAGCAUUACGUUUAAGAUGGGAGUCUGUCCUUGACCUAUAUUUAGACCGCCAGCAUCGUCUAGAAGAAGCUUUGCUUUUUCAUGGUAUGUUCUUAGAGGCAGUACAAGCAUUGAUUGAAUGGCUAGAUUCUGCAGAUUAUAUUCUUACCAAUGAAGUAGCUGUUAUGGGUGAUCCUGAAACUGUAAAGUUGUUAGUAGAUAAUCAUAAUUCUUUUCAACAAGAACUCCUGAAAAAAUUUAAAAUAUAUGAAUCCAUUGUUAAAACUGGGCAAGCCAUGCUUACAAGUGGUAACAUUGAAAACGCUGUAGAACUUGAAAAUUAUUUGGAAACUUUGAAAGAUAAGUGGGAAGCAGUAAAUCAUAUGUCAUUGACUAAAGAAGCUCGUGUAAAAAAUGCAUAUGAAUUAGCAAAUAAUUUUCAAAAAUCUUGGAUUGCAUGUAUGCAAAAUCUGGUAGUGCUAGAGGAUGAGUUAAAAAAGAAUGGUCCAAUUGCUGAUGAGCUUAAUGAACUAAAGAAGCAAGUUGAUGUUUAUUAUUUGUUUGAAAAAAAUUUAAACUCUCAUGAAACAGAAGUAAAUGCAUGUUUUCAAAAAGGAGGAGUUAUUCUUCGAUUUUGCCAUCCGUUUGCACAGUCAAACAUACACCAUCAAAUGACACUUUUAAAAAAACGAAUGAGCAAUAUCUCUGGAUGGGCUAAAGAAAGAAAGUCAAAACUUACUGAAACCCUAGUUAUUUUAAUGGAAGAAGAAACUGUUACUGUUGAACUUUUAAAAUGGAUUUCUGAACAAGAAGCUGCUUUUCAAGAAAAUGAACGUGAGCCUUUACCAGAUGAUUUUGAAGUUUUAUCAAAAAUGUUGGAAAAACAUUUUAUGUUUCAAAAAGAUAUUGAAGCAAAACAAUUAGUUUAUGAAAACGUUGUUAAAAAAGCAAAAAGAAAGCCACUAAGUGAUCAGCAGCGAUAUGCAAUGACACCUCGUUCUAGAGGAUCUGACAAACGUGAUUUUACAAAUCCAAAAGUUGAGCUUUUAUGCAAAAGGUGGCAAUUAUUUUGGCUUGCAGUGAUAGGUAGAAAAAAUUUGUUACAAGGUCAGCUAGAUGAAAUUCGCAUUCGCAAGGCUGCUGCCCAUUUUAAAUGGGAGGAGUGGCGAGAUCGCUACAAUGCUUGGUUGCGAGACUCAAAAUCUCGAGUUCUCGAUAUGUGGAGAAAGUAUGGUAAUGAUAAGGAUAACAAUCUUACACGUGAGCAAUUUAUUCAGGGCAUUCUUGAUCAAUCUUUUGGUGCAGAAAGAUGGGAACUUGUUCUUGUUUUUGAUCGAGUUCAACGUCGUAAUCAUGUUUUUUAUCAAGAUUUUAUGGAUGCUCUUAAAGGACGUAAGCGAAAACCAGAUAAACCUGUUACAGAAUCGGAGCAAAUCCAUGAUAUUAUUGCUACAGAAGUUGAUAAAUGCGUUUGUUGUCCAAAAAAAUUUGAAAUGUCUAAAGUUGGAGAGGGAAAAUAUGUGUUUGGAGAACAGCAUAAGCUACGAUUAGUACGAUUUUUGCGUAGUGCUGUUAUGGUUCGAGUUGGAGGCGGAUGGGAAAAUUUGUUAGAUUUUUUAGAGAAGAAUGACCCUUGUCGGGCUGAAGGUCGUACUAAUGUUGAGCUUCGGGAGAAGUUCGUUAUGCCUGACAAUUCAAGUCAAAGUAUGCAAUCUUUCACAUCAAAUUAUGGAAAAAAUAUUGCUGACAGUAAAGAGAGUUCUCGCCUUAAUGUAAUAAAACGAGAAGGCUCUUAUCUAAGUUCUAACUCGGGAUCAAUUAAAAACGAGAAAUCUCAAGAUAGCCGUAAUCAAAGUGGUGAUUAUGUUGAUAGUUCUUCUCGUUUAAAAAAAGCAGGGAUAUCUAGUAGAAGUACGUCUGCUUCAAACUUGAGUAGUGCCAACAGUUCAUUAAAUUUAAGUUCUAACUCGACGAAAAAUGCAGGGAAACCAACUGAUCAUAAAGUUAGUUCUCCUGGUAAAAAAAAUAGUUCGAAAGGAUUAAAGAAAUAAUUUUUGUGAUUGAACAAGCACAAAGUCGGACUGAUUUAUUUAAUUUUAAAAGUAAUAACUUUAAUUAGUCAGGAUAAUUUUGUUGCAAAUACAGCAUUAAGUUUUUUGUUUAGUAAAUAUGAAUAGUUAUUUUGUGUUUGUUUAUAUAACAGAAUGAUGUAUAAUUAAAUGUAUAUAUGCUUUAGUACACUUUUUAAUUUUUGCAGCAUUUUUGGAUAAAUAAUGUUUAUGGUA